AUGGCGGCAGGUCCGAACCUCCAGCCCCAGAUCGUCAACGGUCUCCUGACCCUUGACCUGAGUAACCAGGGUCUGACGUCCAUCCCGGAGGAGGUGUUUGGUAUCACUGACCUGGAGGUUCUAGAUGUGUCCAACAACAAACUAAACAGCAUCCCGGAAACAAUCGGCCGUCUGCAGAAACUUUACCGUUUGGACGCUUAUAGCAACUUGCUGACAUGUUUGCCACAGGCGAUCGGUUCCUUGCAGAAAUUGACACAUCUGUACGUUUAUAGUAACAAACUUCCCAACCUGCCUCCUGGCAUAGAAAAGCUACAGAAAUUGAAAGUACUGUCCAUUAAGGAUAAUCAGCUGACGGAGGUACCCUCAGGCGUGUGCUCUCUCCCUAACCUUGAGGUGUUAAGUGUCCGUAAUAACAAGCUUUCCACCUUCCCUCGUGGUGUGGAAAAGCUGCAGAAACUGAGAGAACUGUACAUUGGUGAUAAUCAGCUGACGGAGGUACCCUCCGGGGUGUGCUCGCUCCCUAACCUUGAGGUGUUAAGUGUCGGAAAUAACCCCAUCAGACGUCUCCCCGAUGACGUCACACGACUCACCAGGCUGAAGACUCUCGGUUUCCCCAACUGCCAGUUUGAUGAGUUCCCCAGACAGGUGCUGCAGCUGAAGACACUGGAGGAACUGUACGCUGGUGGCUGCAAGUUUGACAUGGUUCCAGAUGAAGUGGGAAACUUACAACACCUGUGGCUCUUGGCAUUGGAAAAGAACCUCCUCAGAACCCUGCCGAGCACCAUGAGUCACCUGCACAACCUAAGGGUGGUCCAACUCUGGAACAACAAGUUCGACACGUUCCCAGACGUCCUGUGUGAACUACCUGCCAUGGCGAAACUGCACAUAAGGAACAACAACAUCACUAGGCUCCCAACCGCCCUCCACCGAGCAGACAAGCUGGAGGACUUGGAUGUUUCUAGAACCCCCCUGGCAUACCCUCCACAGGAUGUGUGUAAACAAGGGACCGGCGCCAUCAUGGCGUUCCUGAAACAGGAGGCUGAGAAAGAAACGAAAGAUGUCAAGAGGAGAUUGGACCGCCUGAAAGUGGCUGAACGACCAAAGAAACAGCAUGAGCACAAUGCGGUUUUCCUGUCGUACCAGUGGGACCACCAGGACAAAGUGCUGCUGCUGCACGAUCGCCUGCAGGAGCGAGGCUACAGCUGCUGGAUGGACAUCAAGCAGAUGGGAGGAGGGGACAGUCUGUACGAGAUGAUGGACAAGGGCAUCAGGGGGGCAAAGGUCGUUGUCAGCUGCGUGACACCCCCUUACGCCGAGUCCACGAACUGCAGGAACGAAGUUGCGCUUGCGCACACCUUGAAGACACCGAUCAUCCCCGUGAUGCUGGAGAAGACAACAUGGCCGCCGCCCGGGCCCAUGUCCAUCCCCUUCGCGCAGCUCAUCUACAUCAACAUGGCCAAAGCUCAGGACGAGGACCCGUGGAAGGGGGUGCUGUUUGAGCAGUUGGUGAGGAUGGUGGAUUCUUUUGUAAAGAGGCCGAAGGCUAAAUAAGCUACGGAAGCAACUGUGUCAUCAACAGCAUGAUGUCCACUUUUCACGAAGUUUCAUUAUCAAUGGUGUAAUCAUAGCGUGUAAUCUCUAGACUGUCUCUAGACUGACGGACUAUUUCUAUAGUUUGACAGAGCGCUUUGUCAACAGUGGCAUUUUGUCAUCAAAGGUGCGCACAUUGAUAAAUGUAUAUAGUGCAAAUACAUAUGUAAAAAAAACAUUCACCAUUGUGAAGGGACUGAUUUCUACGUUAAAGUAGCAAUGCUAUAAUUACUAGCUAGCAGCUUUUAAAAAAGUAUCAUAUUGAUUGGUAUAAUAUUAGGUUGUAGUCGUAGACGCAUGUUAUAUGGCCCAAAUGUUUGUAAAAUACACGUAGAUAUGUGAAAAAUGUACUUAUUGUGCAAACUUCCAGACUGAUGAUAAAAUAAGGUAGAAAUGUGAGAAUAGUUAAGUUGAUAUGUAAUUUUCUUGCUUGCGUUUCAUUUAUCUAGUUGUGUGGCAUGCAAGGAUGUGACCUACAUAGAAUAGAAUUUUCAAAAAUUGAUCUAGCUAAAAGCUUUCAAAAUGAUAAACCUGCCCUUCACGAUGCACUGUCAUAUGUAAAUAAUCACAAUAAUAUCAUUGUCAUUUUAAGAACAAUAUAUAAUUGGAGGUCACCCCAAAAUAGCAAAUCAGUCGUGUACAACGCUUGAGUUUUAAUCCUCUGACCAGUUGAUUAACACAAUUACUUGCUACUUGAUCUUCACGUCAUAAGGCUGUAUCUGUUAUGAAUAUCCGGAUGUUUUGUUCUACUUUAUGAGUACCAAAAUAGGUCAGAUUAUGGUGUUGAAUUACAUAUGGUUAUCAUUCUGCAGUAAUUACAUUACAUUAGUUGAUUUAUAUUCAUUCAGUAAACGGAAAGUGAAUUUUAAGUUGAUUUUUCGGAAUCUACAUGAUGUACUGAAAUACAUAAACCAGUUAAAAAUUCUAAUCGAUUUAGUAUUACAAUAACACAUUAAUAAUACAAUGUAUACACAUAAGUAAUUGACAUCUAAUGGAG